AUGUGUGACUGUGUCCCCAUACCGAUUUGCUUCCAAUGCGGAACGUACGAAGACCUUACAAUCACUUCACGACUUCUUCUAACCCAGUACAGAAACCAGAAUCCGUGCCACUGUAAGAUUAUUGGCCCUACAAUAGGAUCUUCUGCUGGCCAGCUUCGCUCCUAUGCUGCUGCUGCGCGACAGAUGCUGGGAAGAGGGAAUGCGAUCAGCAAUGCGAUUCCGAUAUGA